UACUCAUUCCGUCCAGGUACAGCGGAAGCCAACCGACCUGAGGUGCUCCGCUCCCGGUACUCUUGUGUGCCUGCGCCAGAUUACCGGUGCACUUUGAGCAGCGUCAUCGUGCCUCCUCUGCAGCAGCCGCAGCUGUGCCUCACACGGAAUUACAGGAGCUGGAAUACGUUUUAUAUGAACGUUUUAGUGUUUAAGUGCACUCGCGCGGGGAAAUGAUGCAUUGAGGACGCGUCUUGUCUCCUGAGCUCCAUCACACCCACCUCGAUCGGCGAGAAGCAUCACAAAUGGCUACUCUUUUGCGGAAAAUCGGUCUAAUUCGACUGCACGACCGAGACACGGAGGACCCGAAGCAUCACCACCAGGGCUCACUGAAAGGAACUAAAGGCAACCAGAAGAACAACAACAUGAAGCACUGCAACACCAGCAACGAGACCAACAACAUCCUCAGCACGCCCGAAAUCAAAGCCAGGCGCUUCGACGUGUCCGGCAAGGACAAGCCCGCCGUCAAACCGGACAAACCGAGCAAGGACGCGAAAGAGAAGCAGCAGACGGGAGGCGGCAAAGCGUCGAGCGGCUCCGUGAUGCCCCCACCGGCGGCCAACCGGCAGCACUGCACCCAGGUGCGGACGCGGAGGCUGAUGAAGGAGCUGCAGGAGAUCCGGCGGCUCGGCGACAGCUUCAUCACGGUGGAGCUGGCGGACGAUAACCUCUUCGACUGGAAUGUCAAGCUGCACCAGGUGGACAAGGACUCCGCGCUGUGGCAGGACAUGAAGGAGACCAACACCGAGUACAUACUGCUGAAUGUCACCUUCCCCGACAAUUUCCCCUUCUCCCCGCCGUUCAUGCGCGUCCUGACGCCGCGGCUGGAGAACGGAUACGUGCUGGACGGCGGCGCGAUCUGCAUGGAGUUAUUAACGCCCCGCGGUUGGUCGAGCGCGUACACCGUCGAGGCCGUGAUGAGGCAGUUCGCUGCCAGUCUGGUCAAAGGACAGGGUCGUAUCUGCAGGAAAGCAGGCAAGUCAAAGAAGGCCUUUAGUCGUAAGGAAGCCGAGGCGACCUUCAAGAGCCUUGUCAAGACCCACGAGAAGUACGGCUGGGUUUCCCCUCCCGUGUCCGACGGCUGAUGUCAGCACAUUCAACGGCGAUCCCGACAUGGCUUUUUUCAGUUGGGUUUUCUUCUUUUUAUCAUCAAACUUAACUACAAAAAAACCAACAAGCUAGCACAUCAUAUCUUAGACAUAAACGUGGCACAUUCACCAUCACUCCGUCCUUCACACUUCUUCAUCGAGGUGCCAUGGACCGAACACUCGCUGCGACAUCACAAUUACUCACGAGUGUGCGUCACUGCAGCUACAUACAGCUAUGGACUCUGGAUACGAUUGAGGCUCAAAGCAAAGUUAAAUGUGCACCAUCUCCACUCUAUAGCCUGUCUGUGUUACCUCUUUUUUUCCUCCAUCCAUCCCUCUUUCCUUUUUAUAGCUGACAAAGCAUUGCACUGAACAGCAUCAGACUUGCCCCCAUUUACAUGCAAAUGACUUUGUUAACACUUUAAUAGAUAAGCAGAACAUUACACUACAUUUGAGGUUCAGUUUCUCUGGUUUCCUCAUCAUCGGCUGUGCUGUUUUUCAUGGUUGGAUGCAACAUGAUGAUUGUAAUUUAUGUAGAGCUGUGCUCUUUCUAUUCCUCCGUACGCGUGGCAAAAUUUAGACAUCACUGUGUUGCGUAGAUGGUCAUUGAUUUCCAAUGGAGAAAAAAAAACUCUAGGGCUUUGUUCAGACAGGCAGCAAAUAACAGAAUUUUUUAUUUAUUUAUUUUUAUUUUUUUCACAUACGACUCAAAUUCAAUUGUUUUUUAAAGUCUAAACACAUUCAUAUGUGUUUGAAAUCAAAAAUUUUAAGAUCUGAAUCAGUUGUUUUAACUAAUAUCUCCUCAACUGUUUGAUAGUGAACGAGUGCCAAGUCAGCAGUGUUGGACUCUGUAUAUGCAUAAAUGCGAGAAAUGCCUUGUGUGAGUCCAGCACUGCCACAAGAUGCCAUGAUAGACAGUGAGCAGAGGCAAAAUUCCCAGUUUUCCAUCCUGUCUUUCCACACUGACAGCUGCUCUCAGUUGUUAUAUGAGAAAGUCUGGCAUCGUGCUGGCGCUUACAUCUCUACUAUGGCAAGUAGAUGCAUCAGUUAUCGACUACAAAGUCUGAACAAACACACCACUUGCAAAACGAUGGACUGUCAGUCCUAAAGAUGGGAUUUGAAAAUUUGGAUUUAUAUGCGGUGUGAACAAAGCCUUCAUUGCUUAUGCAGAGGUCUAAGAUUAAAAAAAUGUGAACCACCUCUGUUGGUCAUUCUAUUAUUUGUUUUUGGAGAAGACCAAAAGCUCUUAAUUCGGAUGAUUUAGAUACCAGAUGGCAUUAACGAAUGUCAGUGUCCCAGUGGGAUCUUAGUAUUGGCAAGAGAGAGGCAUGUGACAGACAUGGUGAUUUUUGCAAACGAGAUGUAGAGCAUUUGUCCCCAUGGAGCACUGAGUGACAGGAAAGCGCAGAUCGCGCAGACCUGAACCCUUAUUGGCACCGACGUGAAGAACUUCGAUGCCACAUCUGAUGCCCCAAACAUUAAUUGUGCUGAUUCGCUUGUACUAUGUUGGCUUAUAAAUCAAUACGCUCGUGGUUGUGGGCCUGAUUCCUCUACCUUGCACUGACUCUGCAUCACUGUGCUGAUCAAUACUAGACUAGAAUAACAGGACAAAAUGGCCGAUGACCCAAGAAAUAAGAUCUCAAGACUGUAAACGUCGCUCUCGAAUCAAAGCUUAAGCUCCGUUACAGCUUUAAACCUGGACUCUGGUAGCUGGUGCCGCCACUGUUGACAAGAGCCAGAUGAAGAAGGACAGAGGUGGGAAGAGAGAGAGACGCUAAGGGGGCGACUCCUUUGUUCUGAAACCUUGAGGAAUGAGGGCGUCUCGUUUAGUUGCCUCAUUGAUGCUCCAAGAGAGCCGCAACUCGACGCCUUGAGGUUUAUUGACUUCUCCUUCAGAUGUCAGCGUGAAUCCGGAACGCCUCAGACUGCAUCUUGUGAGCGAUGAGAUGUAGAAGAGCUCUGUUUAUUUUAGACCCCACCCAACUCAUGGCGCUCUAAACACGGUGUGUGAAAUACAGAUGACAUGAUAGCUGGUUUUGUUGACACAUUGGGCGUUUUAAAGGAAUAAUUCACCCGAAAAUUUAAAUUCUGUCAUUUUCUCACCUGUAUGGUGUUGUAUUUUUGGUGAAAUGUAAAUGGAAAAAUGCUAAAGUGUGUAUUUGAUGCUCUUUUCCAAAAUGUUGGUCUUAAAAAUAGACAUACAAGUCAAAAAUGUCUUGCUCUUCGCUAUCUGCUUUGAUUCAAAUUUGGUGCAUUUAAACUAUGAGUCAUAUUUGAUGUCAGUGGUGUCAAUAAAGUCAUCGACAUGAUCAGUCCUUGUUGAUUUUGAAGUAUGAAUAUGUGGAAAUGAAAAUGAGAGCUAUGGCGAAGGGGAAGAUAAUACAAGAUCCCACCUUUUUAUGGAAUUUAGGAUUUUGUUGGCCACUCAUUGUUAUCAUUAGACCAAGAUUAGGAUACAUUUAUGGUGCAUUUGUUGUCUUUUUGAAGCUUGACAGACAGAAUCAGUUCCCAUCAACUUUAAUUAAAUGGAAAAGAGCAGCGAUUACAUUCUUCAGAUUAUCUUCUUUUUUGUUUUAUGAAAGGAAGUCAGUCAUACAUGUUUGGGUGCAUAAACUAUAGUCGAGUUUCCAUUUUUGGGUGAAUUAUUCCCUUAAAAUUAUGCUUUAAGGUUGGAAAAAUCUGAUUUCCUUCUUGUGAGAUGCAUUUCAUGAUAUAUUGAGGCAUGUGCCAAAAGCUUAAUGUAUAUUGUCACCAUUUCCUUGUGUGUUUUCUUGUGUGUAACUGCUGUGCUCUCAGUAGAAAGACUCUUUGCUGUCUCUGAUGAUUUCAAAUGUCACACAAGACGCUGCUAAUUAAUAUGGCAUUUAAACAAACAAACAAAAAAAAUGAUGAAGACAUUGAUGUAUAAAUGAUAAAACCAGAAAUGCUGAUGCCCUAAAGGCAGAUGGAGGGGAAACAACACUGUUGAUCCGUUAUUGAUAUUUAUUAUUUCUGUCUAGUAGCUUUUUGUGUUAUUGAUAUUAAGGUUAUCCAGUACAAUGAAUGGUGACUGUGCUUCAAAAGGCAAUCCAGUGGCAAGCACUACAUUUUACUGUAUACAGUGAUCAUUUUAUCCUUGUCAUUGUAAUGAAUACACAUUGUUCACCGGAGAACCUUUAAUUCAUGUUCGUAUCACUGCAGCGAUUGUAAAAACAUUUAUUGCAGAUUUCUGUGUCUGGUCGCAGAUGGUAUCUCUUAUCACGACUGAAGUGCAUUUGGUCUUCUCCAGACUCUGUUUGGACAUUAUUGAAAAGUGGUUGUGUGUUUUCCUAUUCAGUGAGAGGAGAUACUAUACCAAGGACUUAUUAUUAUAACCAGUCAAAAAUAACGCGAAAUUGGAUGUUUUCCGGUUUAAAGCAUAAUUUUGUGAUAUAGUUUAGAUCAGUAGAUUGCAGAAACUAACUAACAGAGUUAAUCGUCCAAUCAAGUGAGAUGAUUCUGUUGUAUUAUAUCUGCAUGUGGUCUGUGAUUGUUAGCUAGCUAACUUGUUUUGUUUUUAAAAAAAAAAAAAAAAAAAGCAAGUUACGAAAAAGAGCAGAAGUAUUUCUUUGUAUUUUUUUUUUUGUUUGUUCGGUUUGUCCUGAUUUUCUUUAUUAUUGUCCUUAAAUGUCAAAUUGUGUUCAAUGAAUGUGUUUUAAUUUAUUUGUAGUUUGCCAAAAUGAAGAUUUUGAAGCAUGUUGCAGGCAUUGUCACUGAUGAUAAAAAGAGAAAGAAAAAUAAAUGAAAAAAUAUAAUAUAUGUACCUGAAUUGAAAGGAGUCUGGUAUAUGGAGUGAUCUCAGGCUUUCACGGGGUGAAAGGUAAAACUACAAGACAAUGUGUUUUCUGCACUGCAUAAACAUCAUGCCAGGAUGUGGUCAGAGCAAAACCAAACAGGAAUGUGCAAUAAAGGCUGUAGGCUGAUUCCACCCUG